AUGGCUAUACCUUCUGCAAACCGGUAUGUGGCCUCCAGGCCCGUUGCUCUCGGUUUAGCGAAAUUGCUGCUGCUGGCUUGCACACAAAUACCCCUCAUCUCCGCUGCGCCUGCGGUGCUGUCGCCGUAUCAGGAUCAUGUUUCCGCCAGCUCCGAAUUCGAUCCCAAGCCUCCCAGUGACCCCAGCUUAUGGCUGUAUCUGGGUGUGGCGGCCGCACUCGUCCUGAGUGGAGGUGCGUUUGCGGGUUUGACGAUCGCAUUGAUGGGCCAGGAUGAGGUCUAUCUACAGGUCAUCAAAUCCUCCGGCGAUGUAUCCGAGCGCAAAAACGCAGCCAGUGUGCUGAGACUCCUCAAGAAGGGCAAGCACUGGGUUUUGGUGACACUUCUGCUCAGCAACGUCAUUACCAACGAGACUCUUCCCAUUGUUCUCGAUCGGUCGCUCGGUGGAGGCUGGCCCGCCGUAUUAGGCAGUACUGUUCUGAUCGUGAUCUUCGGCGAAGUCGUCCCCCAGUCGAUAUGCGUCCGUUACGGUCUCCCGAUCGGUGCGUGGAUGGCUCCCUGCGUCUUAGCGCUUAUGUACAUUCUGUCCCCGGUCGCCUGGCCGAUAGCCAAGUUGCUCGAUAGGCUCUUGGGAGAGGACCACGGCACCAUCUACAAGAAAGCGGGCCUGAAGACAUUGGUGACAUUACACAAGACUUUGGGCGAGGCUGGUGAACAGCUCAACUCCGAUGAGGUUACCAUCAUCAGCGCCGUGCUGGAUCUCAAGGAGAAGUCGGUCGGAAGCAUCAUGACGCCGAUGGAAGACGUCUUCACCAUGUCUGCGGAUACCAUCUUGGAUGAGGAAACCAUGGACCUCAUCCUUUCUCAAGGAUAUUCUCGUAUUCCUAUCCAUGCUCCCGACAACGACUUGAACUUCGUCGGCAUGCUCCUGGUGAAAAUGCUGAUUACCUACGACCCCGAGGAUUGCAAACGUGUGCGCGACUUUGCUCUGGCGACCCUUCCCGAGACCCGUCCGGAAACCAGCUGUUUGGACAUUGUCAACUUCUUCCAGGAGGGGAAGUCCCAUAUGGUACUGGUCUCCGAAUACCCUGGCGAGGAUCGUGGAGCAUUGGGAGUCGUUACCUUGGAAGAUGUGAUUGAGGAACUGAUCGGCGAGGAAAUUAUCGAUGAGUCCGAUGUCUUUAUUGACGUACAUAAAGCCAUUCGACGAAUGACACCUGCCCCGAAGUCUCGCGUGCCGAAAGGCCGCAUCGUGGAAGACCCCCCUAUGCUUCCUCCCGCGGCUCAAGGGGAACUAAUCGAGACCAAUGGUGAGUCCCGGAUGCAUUCCACCGACCGUCGUCGGAGUUCCGUCGAAGCACCUCCGCCUCGCUUCCAGAUGCGUCUUCACACCUCCGAUAAGAAUUCCGACUCGACCGACGGUUUCCUCACCCAUCGAGGGACCACUGAUGAGAUCCGCGAGCACCUCAAGCAUCUGGGGCCGUCCAACCUGGCGAGUCGUCCUCGGCAAACUCGCUACCAAAAUGUGAAGAUCAAGCGCGCGAUUAGCUCUCCUACCCGAUCGGCAUUCACCGACGUAGACUCCGGUCAGAGCACCUCCGGCUCACAGACCCGACAACCCAACUCUGUCGGCUUGGCCGGCGGCAUAGGAGCUGGACUCCUACAAUCCGGCAUGGAUGCCAGAGAUGGCGCUCACGCGGUGAAACUGGGCUACGGUACCAUGAACAACUGGAUUGCAGACAACGAAACCGGUUCCACCCGGGACGGGCACCAAGUCUCAAUACCGGAAGCCGUUCAUGAAGAGCAGGAUGACCACCAACCGCGGUCAAGGAAUAGUGUUGCCGCGAGUACCGAGUCGUCGGACACACCUAACCAGCCCGGGGAACGGACGAGGACAGGCAGCGGUUACAUCCAUAAAGGCCCCGCCCGCAGUGGCAGCAUCACCGAGCAAGUUGUCGACGUCAAUGGCGUUCGCAAGGUUGUCCUCCAGACCACCAGCAGCAACACCACCACCGACGAUGAUGCAUCUAUAGCCAAGUUCCCUGUCCGCAAAAACGGCCAAAUCAUCGACUUGUCCCAGGACGAACAAUCCCCCACCUCGCGAGCAAAUGGGUCUAAGAAGAAGAAGCGCCAUCGCAAACACAAGUCAAACGCAAAAUCUUCCGACGGUCGUGCGGAUGAAGAAGCACCUCUCCUGUCGAGGUGA